AUAUCUCUUUUUAUUGUUCAAUGGGGAGGUUUAUUGUUCUAGGCAUUUUAAUCAUUAAGGACUGUCUGUUAAUUGAUUUCCAGGUCUGAUUUAUCAGUUUCGUUUAGCAUAAUGUGCCUAUCAGAAAUGUUCAUUGAGCAGCCAACAUUUUAAAGUCAAAUCUUGAAAGAAGUAAUGAUCAUAAAUGUCUAUAUAGGAUGUAGAUAUAAUAGAAAAAUCAUAUGGAAUGCAGGAGUUGCUAUGAGUUGAUUAAUUUUAUAGAAUUUGUUCAAAGCCUAAGAAAUUUCCAUAUUUGUUUCAUAUAGAGAAACAGGUCAGUGAUGAUAUUAGUCUUCUGUUGAAUUUAUUUGUUAUAAAAAUUUUCUUUUGAGUAAUCAUGGUAAGAGAAUUUUAGUGAAAGUAUAAGCAAAGCUUAGCUAAGAAGUAUGGGUCACAUAUUCAUUAUGAAGCAUUAUAUUCCAAAUUAAGAAAAAAUGGAGUCGUUAAAUGAUACGAAAAGUUUGAUGAUGUAGAUAUAGAUGAGCAAGUAGAUUUUUUUUUUAUUUUAAAAAUUUUGGUGCAAGCAGAAUAUGUACUUUUUUUAAAAAACUAAAGAUGGGUAAGUAGAUUAGGAUGAACAAUAAUUGGGAAAGAUUUUUGUGAAAAAUCAAUUUUUUCUCUGAAUGGGAGGCUGAACAAUUUGCGUCUGCUAUUGUGUUUUUAACGUCAAUGUGAUGCUGGCGGAAUUAAUAAUGUGGGGAAGGAUUAAUGAUCUUGGGGAAGAGUUUGAAAGAAGGAUAAAACUAACUGCUAAAUUUAAGAGACGUCAUUCAUUGAAGAUGGUAUCAUUUGACGGUUAGUAAUCAAUACACUAGCUGGUUUAGUUUCAAUUUUUCAUCAGCUGUGAUUCUCUUUGAUUUUCCCAGGUAUUACUAUUGUUAUUUGAAACAGGGUAAGGCUUCUUUUUCAGUCAUUAAUUCCAUUUUCUCUAUUUAACGUGAAUUUCUCUGUGUGAUGAUUUCUGAUAUCAGCUUACGAGGGCUAGAAGACGGUUGGAACUUCUUCUAGAGGAUCUUCCCUGUGAAUAUGAUCCUUGGGAUUACUAUGAGACAACAGAGCAAUUACUAGAACCACUGCUUCUGUGCUAUGAGUCUUUGCAAUCAUGUGGAGGUGGGGUUCUAGCUGAUGGUCGGUUGGCUGACCUGAUUAGAAGAGUUGCUACCUUUGGGAUGGUAUUAAUGAAGCUAGACUUGCGCCAGGAAUCUGGUAGACAUGCUGAAACACUAGAUGCAGUCACGAAAUAUUUGGAUAUGGGAACAUAUAGCGGAUGGGAUGAAGAAAAGAAACUAGAAUUUCUAUCAAGGGAACUGAAAGGGAAGCGACCACUGGUUCCUCCUACUAUUGAGGUUGCUCCUGAUGUCAAGGAAGUCCUGGAUACUUUUCGAGUUGCUGCUGAGCUGGGAAGUGAUUCACUUGGGGCUUAUGUGAUUUCUAUGGCAUCCAAUGCAAGUGAUGUCCUUGCUGUGGAGCUUCUUCAGAAGGAUGCCCGGCUUGCUGUUAGUGGGGAGUUGGGGAGACCAUGUCCUGGUGGAACACUGCGAGUAGUUCCAUUGUUUGAAACUGUGAAAGACCUUAGAGGGGCUGGUUCUGUGAUCAGAAAAUUGUUAUCAAUUGAUUGGUACCGUGAACACAUUAUUAAGAACCAUAGUGGGCAUCAGGAGGUGAUGGUAGGAUAUUCUGAUUCCGGUAAAGAUGCUGGGCGCUUCACUGCUGCAUGGGAACUUUACAAAGCACAAGAGGAUGUUGUGGCAGCUUGCAAUGAGUAUGGUAUCAAAGUAACACUAUUCCAUGGACGUGGAGGGAGUAUUGGUCGCGGUGGUGGACCCACAUAUCUUGCCAUACAAUCCCAACCACCUGGCUCAUUAAUGGGUACUCUUAGGUCAACCGAGCAAGGAGAAAUGGUGCAGGCCAAGUUUGGGCUGCCACAUACUGCUGUCAGACAGCUAGAGAUAUACACGACUGCAGUGCUGCUAGCAACCUUACGUCCCCCACUUCCACCUCGAGAAGAAAAAUGGCGCAAUGUCAUGGAGGAGAUUUCAAAAAUUAGUUGCCAAAAUUACAGGAGUACAGUCUAUGAAAAUCCAGAAUUCCUUGCCUAUUUCCAUGAGGCUACUCCCCAGGCUGAGCUUGGCUUUCUUAACAUAGGAAGCCGACCUACAAGAAGAAAGAGCACAACUGGUAUCGGACAUCUUCGUGCCAUUCCUUGGGUAUUCGCAUGGACUCAAACCAGAUUUGUUCUUCCUGCUUGGCUUGGAGUUGGAGCAGGUUUAAAGGGUGCUUGUGAGAAGGGAUUUACUGAAGACUUGAAAGCAAUGUACAAAGAAUGGCCUUUUUUCCAAUCAACUGUAGACCUUAUAGAGAUGGUUUUAGGAAAAGCAGACAUUCCUAUAGCCGAACACUACGAUGAAGUGCUUGUCUCUGAGAGCAGGAGAGAGCUUGGUGCUGCACUCAGGAGGGAACUCCUAACAACAGAGAAGUAUGUGUUGGUGGUUAGUGGGCAUGAGAAACUAUCUGAAAACAAUCGGAGCCUGAGGAGGCUUAUAGAGAGCAGGCUUCCUUAUCUCAACCCCAUGAACAUGUUGCAGGUGGAGGUUCUAAAGAGGCUUAGAAGUGAUGAUGACAACAAGAAGCUCAGAGAUGCCCUGCUCAUUACAAUAAAUGGGAUUGCUGCUGGGAUGAGGAACACAGGUUGAGCGAACACCUUCAAGAUCCAUGAAAGCUACGCCUUUUUUAAUAUAUAAUAUUUUCUUCCAAGGGCUAUCCUUUGAUGGCUCAGUAUGAGAGUAUGAUAACUGUUUUUAGGAUCAGUUGUUUGUAAAAAUUUAUACUGAUAAAUACGUUACUGUAUUUUUGUCUUUGCAAUGGAAAGCAGUAUGGAAUUGCUGUUACAGCUUC